AUGAACCGAGAUAUGAAGCUGGAUGUCGAGUCCAUCAUGGCCGACCAAGACAAGAACGGCCGCUAUGAGGGCUACUUCGCCUAUCGACCACUAUCCAACCUACCUACACCGCCCCCAAGCUCGCGCAACUCAUCCGCGGCUCAAUCACCACGAACUACACUUGACGACGGAGAGCCAUUGAUGCCUCGAUUUCGAGGCCCUGCAAUCCAUCUUGUCAACCUCAUCCCGUCAUCUGCCUCUCUGGCCACGGCCUCUGUCCCUCUUGUUCAGGCCAUUCUGAGCCGCGCCAAUCUCUCGAUCGAGACCGUUGCUCUCGCAGUAUGCAUUCUCGAUAGCCUCGACUCCCGCUUCGCCCGACGAUGGCGCCUCUCGUGCCCCCUGCUUUCCGGUUACUUCUCAUCCACUUCUAAGCGACACACUCUCCCACCGACGCCCAUCAUGCCUCAACGACAGCAGUUACACAUUGACUCAGUCAACCCCGAGCUCAUCAUUCUGGCAGCUCUUGUCAUUGCAGUCAAGUUCAUGGAAGAUCCUCAGGAGGCUUCCCAGUACUAUUGUAAAGCCUGGGGCCGGGGCAUGUGGUCAACCGAGCAGCUCAACACCACCGAGCGAUGCAUCAUGGAGAACCUCAACUACCGCAUCAUGCCCCUGUGCGACGAAGACUGUCUGACGGAUGCCAUGGUGGAUAUGCAAUAUGCUGCUCAGCAGCCCCAAUGGGACAUCAACGAGCAUAUGCCCGCGGAUAGUGACGACGAGAGCGACGACAGCAACAAUCACAACAACUAUGUGCCUAGCCACUCCAGAUCAAAGACACUCGGCACAGGAUCGGCUGUAUUGGGGUUGGGCCUUUCUCUAACACCUGUCGAUACCCCGACUGCCGAGGUCUGCCACUCGACUACCCCGCAACCGUCAAGGCUUUGCAAUGACUACUUCAACCAUUUCCAGGCACGAGAGGAUUAA